AUGCAAGGCUCUUUUUUAGAGAAGGAAGCUCUAGCUGACAUCUUUGGUCAAAUAAAAGAUGUGGAUGAUCAAAUGUUUGGUUUCAUAUUUGAAAAAUUAAGAAAGGAAAAAGUUUAAGACAUCAUUGGAUAUCUUUCAGAAAAUGUGAAUCAAAUACAUUUAGAAUAAAAUAUCUUACAACAAGCAGAGAAAAUCGCCCAAGCUGAUAAAGAAUAUAAAUUUUCUCUUAUUGGAAAUGACAUGAAAUAAAUUACAGAUGUCUUAAAAAAAUUAAAAGAUCAUGACUUCAACUAUAAAGAUUUUUCCUCUGAACAAAAUGAAGAAUCUACAUUAUUUCUAAUUAAUAGCAUCAAAAAUAAUAGAAGGAUCAUUGAAUUUUUGUAAUUUUUAGUUCACCUUACAUCAAUAGAUAACACUUUAAUAUAAUGUGGAUCUAAUUCCUUACAUAUUUUAGUUUAAAUUAAGGUGGACCUUAGUAAUAAAAGUUUUGAAAAUAUUAAGAUUAAAAAUACAUCUAUAGUAGGAGCUAAUUUUUGUAGAUGUAAUUUAAGUGAAUCAUAAUUUAAUAAUGUCAAUAUAAGUGGAAUAAAUCUAAAUGGAGCAUAAUUAUUUCAUUGUAAAUGGAAGGACUUAAGAAUCCAAGAAUUAAAUAUACUACAUGGUCAUAGUGAUUAAGUAAGAUCAAUUUGUUUUUCUCCUGAUGGAAAAACAUUAGUUUCUGGAGGUGGUGAUUGCUCUAUCCGUCUAUGGGAUGUAAAAACUGGAUAAUAAAAAGCCUUAAUAGAUGGUCAUACUAGCACUGUCAAUUCAGUCUGUUUCUCUUCUAAUGGAAAUAUAUUAGUUACUGGAUAUGGAAAUGGCUCUGUCGUGUUAUGGGAUGAUAAAACAAGAAAAAAAAGAGCAAAAUUAGAUGGUCAUAUUGGCAAUGUCCUCUCGGUUUGUUUCUCUCAUGAUGGAAAAACAUUAGCUUCUUGUAGUAGUGAUAACUCUAUCUGUCUAUGGGAUGUCAAAACAGGAUAAUAAAAAGCCAAAUUAGAUGGUCAUACUAGUUAUGUCUAGUCAGUCUGUUUCUCUCCUGAUGGAAAUACAUUAGCUUCUGGUAGU